AUGGCAAUCAAGUUUUUCAAGACAUCUGCGCUGACAUUCGCAGUACUGGCUGCACUAACAGAAGCGCACAACAAAAUGGCGGUACCACUACCGACGUGGCCCGCCGGAUUUUAUGCCCAGAACAGUCCGUCCGGCACCAUUAACCCCGAAAAGGUUUUACCUGUUCCGAGUGGAAUGUCAUAUACCACCAACUCAGCUUCUAAUACAAAAGCAUACUGGACGGCAUUUAACUCGAGCAAAUUCAAGACGCUCAAAGAGCUGGCCUGGGAAUCACAGACUCUUGUUGACAACGCUUCAAAAGAAUGCGGCUUUUCUGUGGUUGACGGUACGCCUCAAGUAUUGCCUGAUAUGGUGCAGUGGGACUUUUUCACAGGGUCUCACCAAGGUCCGUGUGAGGUCUGGUGUGAUGACAUUCUCGCAUUCACGAACUGGAAUUGUGCCGUCGACUACCCCCAGACACCAGCCAAUUUACCAUACGACAAGUCCAAAUGCCAGGGUGCAUCGGUGCUAUCGUCCUAUUGGAUUGCUUUGCACACGACUCCGUGGCAAGUGUACACGAAUUGCGCUCCGCUAACUGGAGCUUCGGGAGAUGGGUCAACCCCCUCGAAUACACCGAAAACGGAAACCAAUAACACGCCCGCGACACCGACAUGGACCAAUACAGAUGCGGCUACACCUGCCCCAGCAAACUCGAAUACACCGAAAACAGACAAAACCACGCCAGCAACAACACCGACGACUGAUAAUUCUAAUGAGGCUGCACCUACCCCGGCCAAUGAUAAUACACCCAAAACGGACACUGAUGACGACACUGUCGAUCAGAGCGACAAAGAUCAUCUGACAGGUGCAGAAGCCGAUCCGAACGCCAUCACGCCUACCGUACAGUCAAAUAACAAAUGCCGUCGCCGACAAUAA